AUGAACAAGCAGCCCGCCGCUCGAAGACACUCUGCCCGCAUCGCAUCGCGCGUCCCUGCGCCUGCUCCCGGGCCUGCCGCCGCUGCCGCCGCCGCUGCGGCGGCAAAGCGCAGCCAGCUUCCGCCCGCCGCGAGCUCGCGCUCAAAGAGCUUGCUGCUCCGGCUGCUCGACCGGCAAAUUGACGCGCGAGCCAUCCGCUCCUUUGAGAAGCGCAGCGUGCAGCAGCGCUUCUCGAAUUUCAACGAGCGGGUCAAGUGCGACCUCUUUGCGCCCCCGAGCGGGAGUGAGCAGACGCCGCACGGCGUCGAGCACCUGCGCGAGCGGCGGACUUGCGUGCUCGAGCUCGUCGUGGCGGGCGGCCUCAUCUUUGGGCUCGCCGACUCGGGCAUCUGCUGCGGCUUUGACAUGGACAGUGGCCGGCGAGUCGUGACGCUGAACGCAUCGUCGCAAGAGGCGCGGGCGGGGCAGCGGCGUACCGCGCCUCGGCCUGCCCGCCCACACGCGCGGACGUCGGUCGCGUAG